AUGGCGGAUGUGACCAGGGUUUCAAAAUUUGGUUUACAUGUUUCUACCGACCAAAAUUCGAAAGGUCAAGCUGUGGUGGCGCAAGGAGGAGGCAAGCUCGGCGGCCUCGAGCUCCGCAAGUCCGGCAGCCUCGGCAAGCUCGACGAUGGCGUGCUGGAUCUCAGCGAAGUCAACGGCGGUGGGAUGGAUCUCGACGAGCUCCGUGAUGAAGAGGACCUUCCCGGCGGAGAGGUACGCGGAGACAAGCACGACCGAGGGGCGCGAGAGAGACAAGGGAGCAGAACAGAUCAAUGGAGAGCGGGUGGGAUGGAUCUCGACGAGCUCCGUGAUGAAGAGGACCUUCCCGGCGGAGAGAACUGCGGGAGUAGCGAGUGCGAGGGACGGAAGGGUGGUGGUCAGGACACCAAGGGACAUCCAAGCGACUUGUGCCAAGUGGAAGGCAACAACAAAGACCAAUCGCCUGACCAUGUAUCAGUCGGUUCAGCACCAAAGAAGUCUAGUACUUCAUCACGAGGCCGGCACCGUAAUUUCUCAUCAUCAACAUGCAAAGAUUUUCUCCGGAAGUUUGUGGACAGUGAACUUUUAACUUCAAGCCUAGAGGAUUGGUUCUCUGGUCACAGUGAAGAUUGUGGUUUCAGGAAGCCAGCUUUUGAUGUUCCUUUCGACCUUACAGAAUUACAGAAUUUUGAUUAUGCUCUGGAGGGUGUUACUUUUCAGCAGCUAGUACGGAUGCCAAAUGCUCUAUAUGCAUCGACAUCAGAUGUUUUUGAAGCUACUGCUUAUCUUGCUUUAGAGGAUUUCCUUCAUGCAGGCAUUAAAGGAUUGUGGCAAACUUUCUGGGGUCCUGAUGAAGCAAUGCCAUUCUCAGUUGCCUGUAUACACAGCACAAGCUCCAAAUUUUAUCCUGCUGAGAAGGCUAUUAGCAGUGGAAAACUCGAUGGUGUUUGUGCAACCGCUAUACUAUUGAAGAAUUUGAAGCAUUCACAAGGAAGAUGGGAUCAUAUUGUCGUGUUGGCUUUGUUGAGACCUGAUAUCGGAAUGGUUUCCGCACAGGGUGACCAGGAGCCAUCUCCUGCUGUCUUAGGGGAGGCACUGUUCUUUGCUUUGCGUGUCCUACUAUCUCGAAGCCUUGGUAGAUCCUCUACUGUUCUUCGCAAUUCAGACUGUGUUUACUUGCUUCUUGUUGAUUCACAGUUUGGAGGAGUGAUAAAAGUGCAAGGUGAUUUGAACAAGCUGGAUUUUGAUCUGAACAAUGUUUAUGACUGUGCUGCUGAAUGGAUAAAGAAACAUGCCAAAAUUUCAGUUUCUUCCAUAGAUCGAGUAUGGAACAAACUUGGGAAUGCUAACUGGGGAGACGUUGGGACCCUUCAGGUUCUCAUUGCAAUAUUUCACUCAAUGAUCCAAUUUUAUGGAGAGCCUAAGUAUUCUCUCGAUGAACUGGCGACGGAACAUAGUUCAAGGCUACAAAGUCGAAGAUCAGAAAGACAUUUGGUUGAUAGACAAGCUAAUGGUAAUGGCUUAUUUCGAUUCCAACAGCGAAGUCACUCUCCUGAAAUUGUCGAAGUUCAGGAGGAAGCAGCUGUUGAUGUGAAACCACAUGAAACCUUAAGGCUUGAAAUAGGAUCUGUUGUAUUGAUGGAUGAUGCUUACAAACAGAAAGGUUUUCAAAUCAAUGACAUCCUAACAGACAGUGAUCCUCCUAUUUAUACUUCUACUCCUGUAGAAGAACCUACGAGAACCUAUUUGCUGUAUGUAGGCUCCAGUCCUUCUCAUUUGGAACCAGCAUGGGAGGAUAUGAACUCCUGGUACCAAGUACAGAGGCAGACCAAAGUACUGACUGUGAUGAAGCAACGAUGUAUUUCUAGCAGAUAUAUACCACAGAUGGUAUCUUCUGGACGGGUCAUCCAUCCAGGCCCAUGUAACAAGCCUAACUCAAAUGGAAGUUGUGGUCAUCCAUGGUGCAGUACUCCAAUGCUUGUCACCUCACCAGUUGGUGAGACCAUUUCAAAUCUGAUACGGAAUGGAUUGUUCGGUGUUGAGGAGGCUCUGAGAUGUUGCCAUGACUGUUUAUCGGCUCUUGCUGCAGCAGCUUCUUCAGGAAUCCGUCAUGGUGAUAUCCGGCCAGAGAAUGUGAUCCGUGUCAAUAAUGGUUCAAGGCAUCCAUAUUUUGUGCUUAUUGGAUGGGGUCAUGCUAUCCUAGAAGAUAGGGAUCGGCCAGUAAUGAAUCUAUUCUUCUCAUCUACAUUUGCACUCCAGGAAGGAAAACUAUGUGGAGCAUCUGACGCAGAAAGUUUAAUUUAUCUUCUAUAUUUCUCUUAUGGUGGAGUUUGCCCCGAGCUUGACUCUGUUGAAAGUGCAUUUCAGUGGAGGGAGACAUCAUGGUCGAGGAGAGUUAUACAGCAGAAGUUGGGCGACAUCUCAGCAGUGUUAAAAGCUUUUGCGGAUUAUGUCGACAGCCUUUGUGGAACUCCAUACCCGAUGGACUAUGAGAUCUGGUUGAAACGACUGCGAAGAACAAUAAAUGAAGAUCAUGGGAAGGAGGUCGACACAUCCUCAAGUUAA